AAUAAACACGCUACAGGCACGGUGCCUAACAACACGACGGGCGUUUACUAUCGCUAACGGCUCAUCUGCAGAACAGUUUCCUUCAUUUCUUGAAUGUUAUUUUACAGAUAAAAUAACGAAUAAAACAAAAGGCACGAAAUGGUUAAAAGGUGCAUUUGUGAGAUCUGCACUUGCGGACGCCAUCGAUGUCCCCACAGACCUAGUCCAUCUUUUGGUUCAGAUAAACCGUGCAUGCUCACAGAGUAUGCAACCACAUACCAUCCUCACCCUUUGCAAAAGGAAAAGAAUUUUAAGCCAGCUGACAAUGCACAAGGAAGUGGUGAACCUCUUUCUGACAAAACAACAAACAGGGUGGAUUAUAUUAAACAUCCACUAGAUAGGCCAUAUGUUCAUCAACAUGAGGGAUACAAAAGGCCACCUGGAGAGUUUGAUCACUUAACUUCCUACACAAAAGACUAUCCAAUGAAGCGCUCUGACCCUGCCAAAGCAGUCAAGAUCGAGGGUGCAAAAAUGACUCAAGGAAAGUUUGAUGGAGAACCGACCUAUACUUCCGACUACCGGAAGUGGGAUCUCGGCAAACCAAAACGCUACGGACCGGAAGCAGCAUGGCAGCCACCGAGAGACAAGUUUGAGGGACAGAGCACAUUCGCCCGUGACUAUCGGCCUUUCAAUGAGCCGCGGAGGGAAGCCAUCCGACCUAACGAAGCGGGACGCAUGUCGGACGCACCCUUCGAUUCCACCACUGGGUACCGCGUCGACUACGUUCGCCACCCGAUGGCACCCAAAUUUAUGAAGGAGCGCGAGAAGUAUAAGCCAGCCGGGGUGCCCAUGGAUGGCACCACAACCUUCAUGCGGGACUUCCGCGGCCAGAUGGGCGAGCGAACCAAAUCCUUCAAGCCUGAUAACCAAGUCCAGGGCUCGGGUGAACCCCUUGACGAUCUGACCACUUUCAAGAACGACUACCGCCGCUGGCCUGCCGAGCGACCAUACCACCAUCUGCCUGACGCCUACAAGAAGCCCGAUGGUGACAUCGACCUGAACACCACCCACAAUUUGACCUACAAGCCGCAGCCCCUACAGCCUCACGUCGCCAUUAAGCCCAAAUCGGCGCAUGGCGACCCCGGGGCGUUUAACGGCGUGACCAACUACAGCACCGACUACCGUCCGUGGGAGAUCGACCGCGUGCACCCAAAAACCCGUCCCGGCUACCAGCCCAACACGGCGCCCUUCGAAGGCAUCUCUACGCAUGCGGCUCACUUUGGACCCAAGCCGUUGAACCCCACAGCCAGCUUCCGCCCAGGUCACGGGCAGGUGGGCAGUGAUGCACCCUUCGACGACGCCACCAUGUACCGUCUUGAGUACACCCCCAAGCGUGUAGGGCCCUGCCCGGCCGCCAUCCUGGACACCGGCAACGCCACCUAUCGGUUCAUCGAGCUGGACCCGCGUGGCCACAAGCUGUACCAGCCGGUUUACACCUCCGUCACUGAGCUGUCCACUGGCGGUCCCACUGCACGGAACGCCCUCCAGACCUCUCACCUGGAGCCUCUAGCUGUAGCUUAGGUGGUGUUAGUGAUAAUAAUGGUCGUUAGUGAUAAUAAUAUUGAUGAGGUCCGCUUCUUUUUCUUAUCUAUAGCUUGCGUACUCAAUCUAACGCGAUCGUCUGGCUCUUCCAAAAAGGGAGAAUGUUUUUUUUUGGUAGGAUUAUAUUACUGAUUUACUGCUAGUGGGAAGCUACUAAGUUUGAGUAAGAUCGCUUUUAGAAUACGCUAUGUUGUUUAUGAAACAGCUUUUCUAUUUUGUGUUUUACCAGUAACUUUCGCCUGUCACGAUUGCAAACCAGGGAAAUAAUUUAUGGUCAUCUGGCACCGAGAUUAGUUCUGGCUAGUCCUUUGAUGCUUGGUUCCCUCUAACAAGUCAUCCAUUUGUUAGAACUUUCACAUCCAUGUCGAAAUUGGUUCGUGAUAUUCCUUUGUUCUGAAGGACUGCAGGGACAGUGUUCAUUUGAUAGGGCUCCUCUCUUCUCCAACCCUGCCUUUCAGAAAUCUUUUAGUUUGUUGACAACAGGAAGAGUAAUCAGGUGAGCAGGGUCAAGGAUAUAUUCAUUUAGAAAGAUCUUAGCUUGGAGCAGAUGAGGUUUAUUCUUCGUCAGCAGAAAAUCUGCCUGCUAAACGUCUUUUUUUUUAAGCAGACUUUGUUUCUUGGGGAAUUAUCUCUGACCUGUCUUUAUCCUCGAUCCCAUUUAAGCCUUCAGGGCGUUGUCGAGUCUGGAAAGACCCUGGAGACAUCAUUAAUGGUUCACAGCUUGCGCCAAGCUUUUCUUAAAGCCAAAAAUGAAAACUUUUUUGUGCGAAGCAUUUUCGCAACAGAGCUUGGCACAAGUUAUGACUAUUGACGUUCGAGUGUGAUCAGGCAGUAGCGUUUCUUCUGUCUGGGUUCUGAGCACAACACACACUCGUAGGUUGCUGAACUGCCUGUCGCAGGAGGGAACUAUUUAGCAACUUUCACCCCGAAAGACUUCGCUCAUUACCAACAGAUAUAGCCGCCAGAUGUGAAAAGCUUUCCGCUUGUGUUGUCUCAACAGUUUGACUGCCUGCCAGCUUACUACGGGUUUAUGUCAAUCGAACGGUCGUGGGCUAAAAGAGAAGGCUGGGACGACAGAGAUGUGUAAGGGGAGGAGGUUUUGGCAAGAUGGAUCAAACCCCAGAAGUAGGCGCUGACAGUUCACCUCUUUGCUGGAUGUGGAAAAGUGCCCCAAACCAGUCAAGCCGCCUGGCAUUCAGCAGUCACUCCAAGAUGGUGCUGGAGAGGAACUUGCAGAGUUACUAGAAGAGCUAUUUCUGCUGCUUAAGGGCAGCCAGCUGUAUCGUGACAGAGCCACGUCUGUUCUUGUUGGGUUCGUGUUAUGUGGGUUUUUUUCCCCCUUAUUUCGUAGAUAAAGAUGUAAGUGCCCAUUGACUGGAAUUGGUUUGAAAAAUCUUACCUUGCAUUCUCGCUUUUGCCGAUCUUUGUCUCCUCUUUGAAUGUGUUGUAGCAAGUCAUCGCUGCAUGUUUCGCGUGCCUUUGGCUGUUAUUUGUUUUCCUGGUCACAGGAAGGGCCUUGAGACACCAGACAUUUGAUGUGUUUGAUGAGAACAAAAAGUGAUUAUCUCAUCUUUCCAAACCCUUAAUCACUUUUGAUCCUUGACACUUCAGUCAAACAAUUUGUAAGAAGCAGAUAUGUCAGACGCCACUUGCUUGGAAGAAGUUAGGUUUGUCUCCAUCUACCCUACCCUUUACUCGAACACUGACUGAAAGUGUUCUAGCGUGUAUAUUUUGGGUAAUUUAAUAGCAGAUGGUAUAAAAUUGACGUUAGGCCGAGUGUGUUAAGCCGAUGUAUACCAUUUGCACGACAGUGUGUCGUGCACGUGCCAUGUGUCGGACCUGUCUGCAGCUCUCAGGAACGCAACCCGUGUGAGAACCAACUGCUACAUUUUCUGAAAACUUUACCUUAUUAGAAAUGAUCUAAAUUAGUUAAUCUUAUCAUGUAUUCUCCUUAAAUUGCAUCUGUUUGUUUGUUUUAACCUGAUUACCAGACAUGCUAUGGAACUGAUGGAAAAUUUUUUAAUAGGUUGAUUAUAAUUGUGUUAUGCGAGCGAGAUACUUAUAGGUGAAUAAUCGUUUUUUUAAAAGUUCGGGCUUUGGAGAGGGAGAAGAUAACGAGUUUAAACCAUCUGAUUAAAUUAGUUUUCUUUCUCAAGAUCUUAAUAUUCGAUAGAAAUCAAAUGCAAAUUACAAUUGUUGAUUGCUCAAGGCGUUAAAACUUUUGUAUCAUAAUAUUUAAAAAUCCUUUUUUGCGCUUUCGAGGAUUCUAAAAAAAUACCAAACUCCAGUCCAAAAUAAACAAAAAUUUUAAUAAUCAUUAGUCGUGCUUUUUUUUUAAAGGAAUGACAUAUUAAAGAAUAACUAUAAUAAAAUAUAAGGCGACUAUAUUAUUAUUCCAACUUAGCAAUCCCAUGUUGUUAACGUGCAGACUGUCUUUCGCUCCAGCUCAGUAACAUCAACGGAAGCUGAUAUCGUGUAUAAAAAAGGCAUAUAUUCAUUGAGUUUCACUCGAAAACAGUAUGUUGGUUAAAGUCUCUAGACAUGUGAAUUGUGUUGUUUUUUGUGAUCAUGUCUGCUUUAACAGAAACUUUGUGAAGGUAAUUCUAAUUGACAUGUUGUAAUGUACUGAAUGACUGCAGCGGGGAUGGGGGAAUAGAACAUAUUAUGUUAGAAUCUGUAAUGACUAUACUACAUGUACACAUUUAUAUAUGUCUACAUCGCAUUGUUUAAUAAUUAUUUAAUGACGGAUUUUAUGUUAUAUUCUAUUACAUCUGUGAUGCCCGCUUUAUACAAGCGGAAUUAUUUAGUUAGUUACUUUUGCAAUAAAACUAUAUAUCACUUACAAGUUC